AUGGCGCCUCCCAAUGGCGCCGUCGCCGCAGACGAUGCACCGCCGCCGGCGGCAGUCAACGGCGACGCCUCGGCGGCUGCCCCCCCCCGCGUCGGCCCGCACCCGGGCUUCAUCUCCAGCUCCAACCAGUACAGCGCCGAGAUCAAGCUGCGGCGCAUGCUCAAGGACAACGGCUGCGACCCGGCGCGAGAGGACACGUACCGCCUGCAGGGCGUCCAGCUCAUCGACAACGUGCGCGAGCACCUGCUGUUGCCGGUACGCACUUUCGACACGGCGUGUACCUACUUUCACAAGUUCCGCCUCAACUUUCGCGACUCCGAGUACAACUACCAAGACGCCGCGCUCGCCUCCCUCUUCGUCGCCUGCAAGGUCGAAGACACCAUCAAAAAGUCCAAAGACAUCCUCGCCGCCGCGUACAACGUCAAGAACCCGGAUAAGCCCGCGGCGCCCGAUGACAAGAUCUUCGAGUCGCCCGGCAAAGUCAUCAUCGGGCUCGAGCGCCUCAUCCUCGAGACCAUCGGCUUCGACUUCCGCACCCGCUAUCCGCAAAAGCUGCUCGUCAAGGUGGUACGCAGCAUCCUCGGCCGGUCCGCAGCCGGCAGCCGCGCCUUCUUCGCCACCGCCUACGCCAUGUGCAUCGACCUGUACAAGACAUUUGUCCCCGUCAAGCGCACCACCCUGUCCAUGGUAAUGGCCGUCGUCGAGCUGACGGCCCGCGCGCGCGGCGCCGGCGCCAAUAAUCUCGGAAACGGCGAAAACGACCUCGUCGAUCGCGUCCGCCGCUUCGCCGCUCGUCGCCGCCAGUACGACCGCGACGCCGUCGUCGAGACCAUGCUCGACCUGCUCGACCUCUACGUCCAGCACCACAAGGCCACCAAGGUCGGCGCCCUCUUCGACCUAAACACCUUCAUCGACAUCAAGAUUCGCCUCAACACCGACCUCGACGCCACCGCCUCGCCCCGCUACCUCUUCCACUGCUCCCGCUGCGAGGUCGCAGACCCGAACCCGCUCACCCCCAUCGCCCCGGGUGCCAGCCCCACGACGACGGCCGCCGCCGCCAUGGCAGCAGGCGCCUGGCCGCCCGACGCGGCCAUCCGCCGCACCGCCCGCGGCCAGGACGGCACCAUGCGCUUCGUCUUCGACCCGGAGGCCGCCGACAAGGAGCAGGCCAAGGCAGGCGAGUUCUUCAAGGACGAGUACGAGGACUACGAGGUCGAGGUCGAGGAGCCCGUGGCGCCACCGCCCCCAGACCGGGGGGACCACAGGAGGGGCGGGGGGCCGUACGGGGGGUACAGGGGCGACGGCAGACAUCAUAGGGGCCGGGGACGCUAUCACUAG